CUCCACCAAAAGUGGCGGUGUACAGCCGUGAGCCCGGUGAGUUUGGCAAACCAAACCACUUCAUCUGCCACGUCAACGACUUCCACCCUCCUGACAUCGAAAUCAAGCUGCUGCACAACGGCAAGGAGCUGGAGAACUCCAAACUGACCGACCUGGCCUUCAAGAACGACUGGCACUUCCACCUGACCAAGAGCGCCCCCUUCACACCUGAAGCUGGAGACGAGGUGGUCUGCAGGGUCACUCACACUGGGACCAGUAAAGACUACAGCUGGG